AGCGUGUUUCGCUUGAUGCCUACCUUCUGGAACCGCACUUGGGCUGAUGACGUUUCACAAGUCCACAAAAACACAAAUACACAUUUAGGCACACUAGGAAAGCAGUUUUUCCUCUGCACGGAACCAUGUCGAAAAGUCAACAGGCUGAUCAGGAGCUCACUAAGGUGCUCAACCAGCUCUGGCGCCAGGAUAAAAACCGCCUCAAGCCUGGGACUGAUUACAGAAUUUCCCUCCAGGGUAAGGCGGGUUACGUGGCUCAGGGCAGUAACUAUGCCAGAGACAAGGCCAAGGCUCCACUCUUCACAUAUGUCAAUGAAGACAAACUGAAGAGUAUUGAGACAUACAAGUAUUUCAUCAGCUUGUUGGACAACUAUGAGAUGUCCACAGGUGUGUCAGAGACCGUCACUUCAGAGGAGCUUAAAGAGAACGAGCUCUUUAUUGAUGCCAUCCUGAAGACAGAUGUCAUGAAGUGCGCUCACCAGUAUCUGGUCAAAAAGGGGCAGUCGCCAUCAGACCCCGCGCAGUUCAAGAGACAGCUAUACAACAUGUGGUUCCGCCUGUACCACAGGGAGAGGAGCGGCGGUGAGGAUUCCUGUGGAUUUGAACAUGUGUUUGUGGGAGAAUCCAAAUACGGCCAGGAGAUCAUUGGUCUUCACAACUGGGUCCAGUUCUACCUGCAGGAAAAGCACGGUCAUGUGGACUAUAAAGGCUACAAAGCAAGAGAUAACAAAGAUACACCUGAUGAGGACGACCACGUCCUGAACCUGCAGUUCAGUUGGAAAGGCUUGGUGAAGCCUGUCGGUGGCUCCUUCAUUGGUGUCAGUCCAGAGUUCGAGUUCGCCCUCUUCACCAUCAUCUUCCUCAUGUCGACUGAAAAGAUGACAUCUGUGGUGGUGAAAGUGGACGAGUACAUGCUGGAGCUGGUCGUCUGUCGGCAUGGGCAAUCCAUCGGCACGUCCUACCCCAAACUGCUCAGCAGCAACAACAGGGAUGUGUAACUUUACACCACCUGAAAGUGUGCAAAUGUUUUUGUUUAAAUGUUGGCUACAUUUCAAUGCAGUACAACCCUAAAACAGACCUGGAUCAGAUUCUCUUUGCGCUGAAAAUGAGAUGGAUAUACAUGGUUAUUGAAUACAUUUUUCAUAUUAACAGACUAAAUAAAAAGUGUUUUGUUUACAAAAUAAUGU